GCCUGGCUGAGGCGCGAGGGACGCGGGGCUGCGGCGGGGCGGAUGGGGCUGGCGCCGGCGGAGAGGCUCUGGGAAGAGAGAAGCAGCAGCACACGCCAUGCUUUGCUAGAAACACACCGUCCCCUUGCCCUGCAGACCCUGAGACACCUACCCCUUCCUAGGACUGCGGAGCCCUGAGCUGCCCCCUUUCUUUGCUGCAUGCCCUGUCACGAGUGCUGGAUUAUGUUCGUCGCAUUCUCCCUCUGCUCCAUAAUUUGGUUGAAUCGUGGCUUCAAGUUAAGGAAAAGGGGCUGCACUUCAGCGUGCGGGAGCUUGAGCGUGCACGGGGCCAUCCUCCCCAGGCUUCGCUCAUCCUGGCUCGUGCAAAGAUGGUAAACGCACAAAGAAUGGUGCAGGGCGAGAGCCGCGCCUGAGCCUGCACCCCACGUCUCGAGCAGCUGGCCUGGUUCCAGCUGCCCUGUGCAGCAGAGAUGGGCAGCACCGAGGGCUUUCAGUACCGUGCGCUCUACCAGUACUGCAAAGAGCGUGACGAGGACAUCGACCUGCUCCCUGGGGACAUCCUGGUGGUGAGCAAAGGGGCCCUGCAGGCCCUGGGCUUCAAGGAUGGAGACGAGCAGACCCCCAACCAGAUCGGGUGGAUCCCGGGCAUCAAUGAGCGCACCAAGCAGAAAGGGGAUUUCCCUGGCACCUAUGUGGAGUACAUUGGGCCCGUGAAAAUCUCCCUACCUUCCCACAGACCCAGGGUGCAGAGACCCCUGCCAGCAACUCCUGGGGCCAGCACCUCCCGCGUGCAGGAGGCACUGGAGCAAGGAUGGCUCCUCCCGGACCUGGCGGAGCAGUUCACGCCCCCUGAAGUCGCGCCCCUGCUUCUGCUGAGGCUGGUGGAAGCCAUUGAGAAGAAAGGCUUAGACAGUGAGAUGUUAUACAGGACGUCUGGCUCGGAGUUGAGACAGGCACUGAAGACCGAUUGGGUGCUGGGUGACGUGGAGCUGUUCGACGUGCAUUCCCUGGGCGAAGCACUGCAGGGCUUCCUGCAGGAUCUGCCUGCUCCUGUGGUCCCGGCGUCUGUGCAUGGCGAGAUCCUGCGCAUCCUACAGGAGAUCCCGCAGUCAGAGAGCUGCAGGAAGCAGCUGCUGCUGGCGCUGGAGUCUCCUGCGGUCCCUCUCCAGAACCUGCUCACCUUGCAGUUCCUGCUCUGCCACCUGGGAAAGGUGUCCCAGCAGGCCGAGAGCAAUGGCCUCCACCCUCGGGCCCUGGGCGAGAUCUUCGGCCCUCUGCUGCUCCAGCUGCCUGGCACCAGUGCAGAGCUGAGCCCCGAUUUCUCAGGGCUCUUUCUGGAGACACUUCUGCGGGUGAAGGACUCGGAGCCGGAACAAGUGCCGCCAGCUCUGCCUCCGAAGCCCUCGAAACCGAAGCCCGGUGGAGCCAGCCUGGCCAAUGGGAGCAGCGCACCCCUGCAGGAGGCGGAGUGGUACUGGGGCGACAUUUCCAGGGAGGAGGUGAACGAGAAGCUGCGUGACACGCCGGAUGGCACCUUCCUGGUCCGCGAUGCCUCCAGUAAGAUCCAGGGGGAGUACACGCUCACGCUGAGGAAAGGUGGCAACAACAAGCUGAUCAAGAUCUUCCACCGGGAGGGCAAGUACGGCUUCUCGGAGCCCCUGACCUUUGGCUCCGUGGUGGAGCUCAUUAACCAUUACCGGCACGAGUCGCUGGCCCAGUACAACGCCAAGCUGGACAGCAAGCUGCUCUACCCCAUCUCCAAGGACCAGCAGGACCAGCUGGUGAAGGAGGACAGCGUGGAGGCUGUGGGGGAGCAGCUGAAGGUCUAUCACCAACAAUACCAGGACAAGAGCCGGGAGUACGACUUGCUGUACGAGGAGUAUACACGCACCUCGCAGGAGCUGCAGAUGAAAAGGACGGCAAUCGAGGCCUUCAACGAAACCAUCAAGAUAUUUGAGGAGCAGUGCCAGACGCAGGAGAAGUGCAGCAAGGAGUACAUCGAGCGCUUCCGGCGGGAGGGCAAUGAGAAGGAGGUGCAGCGGAUCCUGAUGAACUCCGAGAAGCUGAAGUCGCGCGUCACUGAGAUCCACGACAGCAAGAUGAAGCUGGAGCAGGACCUGAAGAAACAGACCUCGGAGAACCGGGAGAUUGACAAGCGCAUGAACAGCCUCAAGCCGGACCUCAUGCAGCUGCGCAAGCUCCGGGACCAGUACCUGGUGUGGCUGACGCAGAAAGGGGCCCGGCAGAAGAAAAUCAACGAAUGGCUGGGCAUCAAGAACGAGACAGAGGACCAGUACUCCAUGAUGGAUGACGAGGAGGAGCUGCCACACCAUGAGGAGCGCACCUGGUACGUGGGGAAAAUCAACCGUGUGCAGGCAGAGGAGAUGCUGUGUGGCAAGCGCGAUGGCACCUUCCUGAUCCGUGAGAGCAGUCAGAAGGGCUGCUACGCCUGCUCUGUGGUGGUGGACGGAGACACCAAGCACUGUGUGAUCUACAAGACGGUGACCGGUUACGGCUUUGCUGAGCCCUACAACCUCUACGCAUCCCUGAAGGACCUGGUUCUGCAUUACAAACACAUGUCCCUGGUGCAGCACAACGACUCCCUGAAUGUCACGCUGGCUUACCCGGUUCUUUCCCAGCCACCUGCCAGAUGAGCCACUGACACAGAGCACAAUGGCUGCCUCCGCCUCCUCCCCAGGCUCUGUCCUCUGUCCCUUGUCUAGACGAGUCUCCUGCCCUCCAGAGCCUGGGGGAUGUCGUGACCUGUUUCUAGUGUCCCACUUGCUCAGCAGUAGAAACCCAGCUGGACGCUGGCCGAUGGGGAGGCAGCGCCAUCAGCUUGGGAUGGAAAAGCCGCUCGUGACUUCAGCCUUUCCGAGGAGGAGUCCAGUCGCAGGCUAAUUGUUAUGGGGGGCUUCAUCUCUCCCUUUGCAGUUCCCCGGGGGUGUUUUUGUGCCCCCCUCCCCCCGUUGUGUGUCUCUGUACAGCUCGGUUCCUAGUUCCCGUGUGUGCCGUGGGGUCGCUGCCCCAGUGGCCACAACUGAGGUGCUACAUCUGCCCUGGAGCUUCGGUGGGACCAGCCCUGCUGGGAAGGGGCGGGCAGCGCUCUCUCCUGAACCACAAGUGGUCAUUGCUAAAACCGUUCUCUCCUUUCCCUUCCCUUCAGUAAUCCUGCGGGCUGGAGUGAGUGCCGGCCUUUGGUCUGAGGGGUGCCAGCCUCACCCAGAGAGAGAGCUAGAAAAGGGGGAACUUGAUCAUUGAAAGGGUUGGUGAGGGCACGGCACGCUGGCUCCUUGGCAGAGAUGCCAGGUGUUCGCGGCACUUUCCAUGUUCCAUGUAACUCCUGUGUGUGGCUUGAAGGGGUGGCUCCAUUCGAUUAGUUAGUUACUAACCCACCUGUCUCACUUUGGUUGUGCCAGCUAAGCUGUGAAAUCCAUGUUGGUACCAGUGCUUUCCUGGGCUGCAUCUGGGGGAUGCACAGCUGUGCUUGUCCAUUGCUUCUGGGAAGUCUCAGUCACUGGUCAGAGCUAACUGUAGCCAUGUAAAUACGGUUAUUUUAUAAUCAGCUGCUUGCUAGUGCCGUUCGUAUGCAGAACCUUUGUUAUGAUAUGCAACCCCCAGGCACCGACAGACCAAGCGCAUCCCUCGGCCUGGGAGAGCGUGAGGCCAGAGGUGGCUGGAAUGUCAGACACGCUGCAAGCCCUAUGCAAACAGAG